CAGCUGAGCGCGUGCAGUAACGCGUCGCGCAGCGGAGGAGAAACGCACACACUCACACACACACUCACUCACACACACACACCUGAGGAAUAGCGGCGCGAUGGCUGAUCAUCUGAUACAGAUCAAUGACUCGUCCGCCGGAGUCAAUCGAUUCGCACGGAAAGGAGCUCUGCGACAGAAGAACGUGCACGAAGUUAAAAACCACAAAUUUAUCGCUCGCUUCUUCAAGCAGCCCACCUUCUGCAGCCACUGCACCGACUUUAUCUGGGGAUUCGGCAAGCAAGGCUUCCAGUGCCAAGUGUGCUGUUUUGUGGUCCACAAAAGGUGCCAUGAGUUUGUGUCCUUCUCCUGCCCAGGGGCCGAUAAGGGUCCAGACACAGAUGAUCCCAGAAGCAAGCACAAGUUUAAGAUCCACAGCUAUGGCAGUCCCACAUUCUGUGACCACUGCGGAUCGCUGCUGUACGGCCUCAUCCACCAGGGCAUGAAAUGCGACACCUGUGACAUGAACGUUCAUAAGCAGUGUGUGAUGAAUGUGCCAAGUCUGUGCGGGACAGACCACACCGAGCGCAGAGGACGAAUCUUCAUGAAGAUCGAGGUCAGCGGAGACAGACUUCAUGUCACAGUGGGUGAGGCCAGAAAUCUGAUUCCCAUGGACCCCAAUGGCCUUUCAGACCCGUAUGUGAAGCUCAAACUCAUCCCAGACCCCAAGAAUGAGACCAAACAGAAGACCCGCACCAUCCGCUCCUCACUCAACCCCACCUGGAACGAGUCCUUCAUCUUUAAGUUAAAGGCAUCUGAUAAGGAGCGACGUCUGUCAGUGGAGGUGUGGGAUUGGGACAGAACCACCCGAAAUGACUUCAUGGGCUCCAUGUCCUUCGGUGUGUCUGAGCUGAUUAAAGCUCCUGUGUCCGGCUGGUAUAAGAUGCUGAACCAGGAGGAGGGUGAGUACUACAACGUACCCAUCCCCGAGGAGAAUGACAUAAACCUGGAGCUGCGGCAGAAGUUUGAGGCCUGUCAGUUCAAUAUCCACCUGCUGAAGAAAGCCAAGCUCGGGCCUGGAAAGAAAGUCAUCACCCCCACUGAUCACCGGCGCUUCAGUUUACCAUCCGGAAACAUGGACAAAGUUCGACUCAAUGACUUCCAUUUCCUGGCUCUUCUUGGCAAAGGCAGUUUUGGGAAGGUGAUGUUGGCAGAGAUGAAGUCCACAGAGGAGUUAUACGCCAUUAAAAUCCUGAAAAAGGAUGUGGUGAUCCAGGAUGAUGACGUGGAGUGCACAAUGGUGGAGAAGAGAGUUCUGGCCCAAAGAGAAAAGCCACCUUUCCUCACACAACUGCACUCCUGCUUCCAGACAGUGGAUCGUCUGUACUUUGUAAUGGAGUACAUUAACGGCGGAGACCUGAUGUAUCACAUCCAGCAAGUGGGCAAGUUUAAGGAGCCACAAGCUGUAUUCUAUGCGGCGGAGAUUGCAGUCGGACUCUUCUUUCUUCAUAGGAAGGGAAUUAUUUACAGAGAUCUGAAGCUGGACAAUGUGAUGCUGGACUCUGAGGGCCACAUCAAGAUCGCAGACUUUGGCAUGUGUAAGGAGAACAUGUAUGAGGGAAUGACCACACGCACCUUCUGCGGGACGCCAGAUUACAUCGCCCCAGAGAUUAUCGCCUAUCAGCCGUAUGGGAAAUCAGUGGACUGGUGGGCUUAUGGUGUGCUCCUGUACGAGAUGCUGGCGGGGCAGCCUCCGUUUGACGGAGAGGACGAGGAUGAGCUGUUUCAGUCCAUCAUGGAGCACAACGUGUCCUACCCCAAAUCCCUGACUAAAGAAGCUGUGUCCAUCUGUAAAGGGCUGAUGACCAAGCAUCCAUCUAAACGUCUGGGUUGUGGAGCGGAGGGCGAGAGAGAUAUAAAGGAGCAAGCUUUCUUCCGCAGGAUCGACUGGGAGCGACUGGCCAACAGAGAGAUUCAACCUCCUUUCAAACCCAAAGUGUGCGGCAAGGCAGCGGAGAACUUUGACAAAUUCUUCACGCGCACGCAGCCCAUGCUGACCCCGCCGGACCAACUGGUCAUCGCCAACAUCGACCAGAGCGAGUUUGCGGGAUUCUCCUUCAUAAACCCAGAGUUCAUUCACCCAGCGUCCAUUCACAGUGUGGUAUGAGACGUCCCUGGAGGAGGAGGAGGAAAGCUAUCAACAGCAUCCACGAUAUUUAUGAACUCAGCAAAUCUUUGUAGACAGUUGAAUACCCUUUAUCUGAGCAUAUCUGAACUGAGGGGGGACUGGAGGAGGAGUUUGAAUGGCUGAAUGGAUCUAUAUAUAGAUAUAUAAUCAUAAAAGCAUGUUUCCACAUGAGGAUUUUGAGGGCAGUAUUCAAUGCAUUUGAUAUAAGAUCUGGUCCAAAGCCUGGUUUUCAGUUUGAGGUUUAAGGGUUUUUACACUCUUAAAAAUUGAGGUUCUUUAAUAGUUGUAUGCAGGGUUACUUGUGUAAACUAAAACUUUUACUUUUAGAUUAAGUUUAAAACUAUUGGUCCAAAUUUUUUCUUAAAAAAAAUACUAAAAGUAAUAAUAAGCAAUAUUACAUAUUCAGAAAAAUCUAAUUUUCAGAAUUAAAUAAAUUAAAAUAAAAUUUUCAGGCAAAUAUUUUCUUCAUUUGCCAAAAAAUGUAAACUGGGCAUGUUUAACGACAUACAUGAUUUUAACAACCCAGGCUCAUUCUGAUUACGUACCCCUAUAUACAUUUUUGGGGAGCGGUAAAUACGUCCCAGGAGCUACUUUUUUUUUUUUUUUUGCAGUUUUUCUUUUUGUGAAUCCACCAGAGGCUGCUGUGUAUGCUUUUUCAGAUCUCAAAUUUAUCUCGUGAGUGCCAUUCGCGCCUGCUCUUCUUGCUUAAAACCACCAGCUGGCCGCUGCCAACUGAAUGACCGACCAACCCCCACCCCCACGACUAAUUCCCCCACCCACCUGUAUCCCUAAAUCUGACUGAUAGUGUUCUAAAAAUCACUGAUUGACCAACACCCAUCAACUUCCCUAAACCCAACUGACAGUUUAAAAAAGAAAUCCAGAAAAAGAAAAACCUUUGCAGAAGCCUGAUUUUUACUACAUUUUUACAUUUUAGCACAUUUUCACCCUGUUAUUUACUUGUUUGUUUGUUUUUUAGCUUUUGUUUUGUUUUCCUUUCUCGAACUGUUCUUCGCCUUACUCGAGCCACGUCGUCACCGUCAACUCUGCUUUGCAUCUCAAAUCCUCCGACAUACAUGUCGAGCCACUGGACAAACUGGUAACAGCAGGAAAGCCGUUUACAUGGAGGUAAGCGGUCAGCUGGUAAUCGUGAAAAGUAUCGGUGUCAUACCGCCCCACAGUGUUCGUUUAAAGACAUGAAGCUACGCUUUCAGAAUAAGCCAAUGUUGGAUUUUAAUAUGACAAAGUUUUGUUUAGAUUCUUUAAAAUUUUUCCUUUAUUCCUGAGCGUUGCAUUUCUGUGGUUUUGAGUUCAGUAUCUGUAUUAGUCUGUAUUAAACACCAGUUUAAUGUUGAAUUAGAGCGAGAUACAAUUGAAGUAGCUAAAUAUUUAUGAUGACAACCAUUCUACAAUAGACACGCUAAACAUGUGAUCGUAAUUCCCAGUGAGGCAAACUCUUUUGUUUCCUAAAUUUGGCUUUGUUAAUUGAAAAUGUAGUUCUGUCCAUGUGACUCUAGCAAUUCUUUACUGGAUUUGACCAACAGAAAAGAAACCUUUUGUGUUUUCAAAAUAUUAGGCAUACAAUUAAGACUAUUGUGUUUUUUAAACAGCCUGAUCUCACGAGGAAACCUAGCUAUUUAAUGUUUUGUUAGUUUAGUGGUCAAUUCGUAUAAAUUUGUAUGAGUUCAGACGUGCGAUUUUUAAAAAGGAGGUGUGGCACCAAACCCCACCCUUAAACCCAACCGUCAUUGGGGGAUGAGUAUAUCGUUCUAUGAAUGAGAUUGUACGAUUUCAUAUGAAUUAGCCACUAAAGCAAAAAGUUACGAAUUGCCGAGAGAUAGCGUUUGUUUUAAAAUAUUAAGUUUAACAAUUAAGCUAUAUUCACUGCACAAAACAUUCAUUAUACUGAUUUUAAAAGUUAUUAUUUAUUAGGUUGUAUUAUAACUGGAAAGACCAAAAUUGUUUGACUUUGUUUACCUUCUUUUGGAACCUUCAUUUUUACAAGUGUUGACUCUGCAGAUGAUUAUUUUAUGAUCUUCAAUCUCGGUUAGGAAGCUGCAUUUUAUAUUUACACGCAAUUUUACCCUGUAGAUGAUUAUUUUAUAAACCUCAACUUACGAUGCUGCAUUAGUAGGCAGUCGACAGAAAUACUGCUCUCUAGGAUUUAAAACAAAGUCUGUCCUCAUUGUAAUGAAACUUCAUCUAAUGCCAGUGUGCAGAUUAAUGUCCAGUGAGCCCCAGUAUGUUUUACCGAUUUUUUUGAUGGUAAAGAUGGGUGAACGAUCUCUUUUUCCAGUCCUCAGAUUCUGUGUGUGUGAAGCAUGCUGACAUAAAACAGGUUUUUGUGUCCUAUUCCUUAUAUCCUCUACUGCCAUUUCUAAUGUUCCUGAAUUAUAUAUUUGUAAAUCUAAAAUAUAUAUAUAUCUUGUUAUAGGAGUGCCAAAAUAUAGCUGCAUCAAAAGGUUUUUA